AUGCUUCUUUCUGUAAAUUUAUCCAUUGACCCUCUCGUUGCUACUGAAAUUAUACCCGAUGUCGUGGAGAAUUUUGUACUUGAGGCAACGCUUGAUAUAAAAUACGGUGAAAAAAAGGCGGACUUUGGCAAUGAAAUAUCUAUUGAAGAAACCCAAAAAGCACCAGAAGUUAGUUUUAAGAUUGGUGAAGCAGAUCCCAAUUUUCGAUAUACAUUGAUUAUGACUGAUCCCGAUGCACCAAGCCGUAAGGAACCAACUAAAAGAGAAUGGCGUCAUUGGGUCGUUGGAAACAUUCCAUCUGAUGGAAAUUUGUCUGAAGCAACACACCUUGAUGAUUACCAAGGACCAGCUCCACCCCCAAAUACUGAUUUCCAUCGAUAUGUGUUUUUGUUAUAUCGUCAGCCAACUCCACAUAUCAACUAUCCAAAGUUAAACACAGUAGAAAGACCUGGUUUCAAAGCUCGUCAAUUUGCCAAAGAACAUGAAUUAAAAUUAGUCUCUGCCAAUUUUUUUACAUGCAAGAGAUAUUAA